AUGGAGAGCCAAAAAGUACAUAUUCGUCAUGUGAUGCUUUGGGAAUUUAAACAAGGCAAUAGUGCUAAGGUGACAGCAGAAAAAAUAUGCAGAGUGUAUGGUGAAGGAUUGAUAACUGAUCGGGCAGUUAGAAAUUGGUUCGUAAAAUUCCGUUCUGGAGAUAUGACUUUAAAAGACGAACCGAGGGCGGGACGUCCUUCCGACUUCGACGACAACCUUUUAAAGGCAGUAUUGGAGCAAAAUCCACGUCAAUCGACAAGAUGUAUAGCAGAAAGGUUGAAUACAUCGCAAUCAACCGUUAUCCGCCACUUGGAGAAAUUAGGGAAAAUCAGCAAGAAAGGAGUAUGA